ACCGGGGGCGACAGAGCUCUGUUUAUGUUUGCCUUCAGUUUGAGCUGUUUGAGCGGCUUCUGCGUUCUGCUCGUGUUAAUCUCCUUUCCGCUGCUCUUCGCCAUGUCCUCCGGGGGGAAAUACUCAUCCGUAGAUUUCGAAAUAUUCGGCGAUGUUCAGGGUGUGUGCUUCAGAAUGGUAAGAAGAUAUUUAAUCUAUACUAAGUACACAGAAGAUCAGGGGAAGAAGCUGGGGGUAAACGGCUGGGUGAAGAACACCAGACAGGGCACCGUGAUCGGGCAGGUGCAGGGGCCUCAGGACAAGGUCGAUGAGAUGAAGCACUGGCUGAGAUAUGUGGGCAGUCCCAGCUCUCGUAUUGACCGUGCUGAGUUCACCAACGAGAGGGACAUUUCUAAGCUGGAGCUUCGCGGAUUCAGCACUCGUUACUGAGCUCCUUAACCUUUCAGUUAGCAGCCAUAAAGAAUUCAUUGUACCUGCUGACUCAGUGCCUCACAUUCAUUACCAGACUGUUUGACACCCCUUGAUUUGGUACGUUUAAGCCUGAGCGAACCAUUUACUCAAACAAAAGCCUUAACUAAUUACUUUCUCUUUGUAUUUAUUCGAAUAUUUAACCCCUUAAACCCUAAGGGCCCUAAUGUAGGUGCUAAUGUCAGUCACUCUCAUAACUACAUAAAAUACAGAAUAGUUUUAUAGUAGUUACGAAUAAUUCAUAAUAGUUACUGUAAGCCUGGGGUUGACAGGGUUAGUGUAUGCAUUAAUGAACGUAACAGUGUUUAUGGAGGAGUAUUUUUUACUUAUUGUGUUGAAUUUGUGACUUUAAAUGUAACUUUCUUUUUUUCUCUCUGAACUAAAGCCAAUAUGACAGGAAAGACUUGCCAACCAUUUGUUUAUAAUUGAAGCAGCUCUCAGUUCCCACCCUGAAAUAAAUCAUUAUGUUGA